AUGGAGGUGACCACCGUGUCCCCAUCUCCUGCCUCACCCACUGAAGGAGCUGAUCUGUGUGAGACAGAUGUCAGCAGCGUGGCCAUACACAGUGUGACCCUGCUCAUCUGCCUCUGUGGGCUGGCUGGGAAUGGGGCUGUCAUCGGCCUUCUCCACCUGAUAACCAAGAAUAAUGGCAUCUUUAACCUGGCUCUUGUCGACUUCCUCUUCCUCCUCUUUGCGGUCCCCUCUGCCCUCCUCAUCCUGGUGGAGGACGUGUCCUGCUCUCCUGUCUUGCCCUUGAUGUACAUGAACUUCGUUUUCCAGCUGUCAGUUUUCUCCUGCUACUGGACACUGUACCGGGUGACAUGGGGCAACAGCGAGCGAUAUAUACGGAACUUCUUCAAGCUCUGCUGCUGCUGUGACCCUCCUCUGCGCCUGAGGCCAAGUGGGGCUCCCAGCAGCAGCAGCCCGAGAAGCGCGACAUCGUUAUCUUCGUCAUUGGGCUCUUGGCUCUCAUCCUCAGCCUCUGGAAUAUCAUGCAGGAGCUCGGUCACAUGGUUGUGCCCUUCCAGGUUGUUUUCCAGCUCGCCUGCAUCCACAGCAGCAUCAAACCCUUCAUCUACUUCUUGGUGGGGAGGUGCUGGAGGCCCUGCUCCAUGGGGUCCCUCCGGCUCUCCCUCCAGAGGGUCUUUGAGGGGCAGAAAAAAAAAAAAAAACCCAAAAGAAACCCAACUGCACGCAAAAAUGAUGCCCCGGGGAUACUGGGUUGUGAGUCUGUUGAAGCCUCCUUCUCCUCUGUUGAGUGAACCCCAGGACAGUGACUGA